CUGGGCUCGGCGGCCAGUCGCGCAGCCCGACGGAGCCGCGGCGUCGCCGCUGUCCUCUGGGUGGCCCCAGCACGCGGGCGGACACGCACUGAGCCGGGGAAGCGGAGGCGACAGGAGGCUGCCGCCGAGCUUGCCGCCCCCCCAGCAGCGAAGCCCGGGGCCGGGCAGACAAAAGAGGCGGGCGGCGUCGGAGGCGCCGCGAUGGCCGGGCGGGGAGGCCGGGCGCUGCUGGCCCUGUGCGGGGCUCUGGCCGCCUGCGCGUGGCUCGUGGGCACCGAGGCGCAGGAGCCCGGGGCGCCCGCGGCGGGCAUGCGACGGCGCCGGCGGCUGCAGCAGGAGGACGGCCUGUCGUUCGAGUACCACCGCUACCCCGAGCUGCGCGAGGCGCUGGUGUCCGUGUGGCUGCAGUGCACCGCCAUCGGCAGGAUCUACACGGUGGGGCGCAGCUCCGAGGGCCGGGAGCUCCUGGUGCUCGAGCUGUCCGACAACCCCGGGGUCCACGAGCCUGGUGAGCCUGAAUUUAAAUACAUUGGGAACAUGCACGGCAAUGAGGCUGUUGGACGAGAACUGCUCAUUUUCUUGGCCCAGUACCUGUGCAAUGAAUACCAGAAGGGGAACGAGACAAUUGUCAACCUGAUCCACAGUACCCGAAUUCACAUCAUGCCUUCCCUGAACCCCGAUGGCUUUGAGAAGGCAGCAUCUCAGCCUGGUGAGCUCAAGGACUGGUUUGUGGGUCGGAGCAAUGCCCAGGGAAUAGAUCUGAACCGCAACUUUCCAGACCUGGAUAGGAUAGUUUAUAUUAAUGAGAAAGAAGGUGGUCCAAAUAACCAUCUGUUGAAAAAUCUGAAGAAAAUUGUGGAUCAAAACACAAAGCUUGCUCCUGAGACCAAGGCUGUCAUUCACUGGAUUAUGGACAUUCCUUUUGUUCUCUCUGCCAAUCUCCAUGGAGGAGACCUUGUGGCCAAUUACCCAUACGAUGAGACUCGGAGUGGUAGUGCUCAUGAGUACAGCUCCUGCCCAGAUGACGCCAUUUUCCAAAGCUUGGCUCGAGCAUACUCUUCUUUCAACCCGGCCAUGUCUGACCCCAAUCGGCCACCAUGUCGCAAGAACGAUGACGACAGCAGCUUUGUAGAUGGGACGACCAAUGGUGGUGCUUGGUACAGUGUACCUGGCGGGAUGCAGGACUUCAAUUACCUCAGCAGCAACUGUUUUGAGAUCACUGUGGAGCUUAGCUGUGAAAAGUUCCCACCUGAAGAGACUCUGAAGCGCUACUGGGAGGAUAACAAAAACUCCCUGAUUAGCUACCUCGAGCAGAUACACCGAGGAGUCAAAGGAUUUGUCCGAGACCUUCAAGGUAACCCAAUUGCCAAUGCAACCAUCUCCGUGGAAGGAAUAGACCAUGACGUUACAUCUGCAAAGGAUGGUGAUUACUGGAGAUUGCUUGUACCCGGAAACUAUAAACUUACAGCCUCAGCUCCAGGCUAUCUGGCAAUAACAAAGAAAGUGGCAGUACCUUAUAGCCCUGCUAUUGGGCUUGAUUUUGAACUGGAGUCAUUUUCUGAAAGGAAAGAAGAGGAGAAGGAAGAAUUGAUGGAGUGGUGGAAAAUGAUGUCAGAAAUUUUAAAUUUUUAAAAAGGCUUCUAAUUAGUUGCUUUUAAUCUAUCUAUAUAAUGUAGUCUGAUGUAAUGUGGCCACUUUAUUUUAGAUUUUGUGCAGUUAAUAUUUAAUAUUGAUUUAUUUUUUAAUCAUUCAAAUAUUAAUCAAUAUUACUUAAAUAAUUAGACUCUUAGGUAAAAAUAUAAGAAGUUGAUCUAUUUCAUUCUCUUAUAUAGCAUUCAUUUUCUUACAUAUAUCACACAAAGGACUGCAGGAAAGAUUUUAAGUAAUCUUGUCAUUUUAGGCUUAAAUGCAAUAUUCCAGGUGUUAUUUGCAAUACAGAACUUUUUGAGUAAUUCUAGCUUUUAAAAAUUAGUGAAGUUCUUUUAACAUAAUUGGUGACAAUGUCACAAAACGGAUGCCAUUGAAAACGUCAACAGAUAUAGCUUGAGGUUGUGAGCACUCUACUGCAAGACUUAAUAGUUCAGUAUAAAUUGUCAUUUGUCUCUUGUGCCGAGUAGCCAUAUAAGCAUGAUCUUGUUAAUGCAUUUUUGAUGGGAAGAAAAGGAACUUGUUUACCAAGAGGUGUAAUGAAAAGAAUGAAAAAUGACUUCUUGCUUGUACGUAUAGAGGCAAUACUGUUAUAUUAGUUGGUCUGUUAACACUACUUCAAAGUUUAGGGUUUUCUCUUGGUUGUAGAUUGGCUCAGAAUUGCAUUCUGAAUAAAUAAAGGUUAAAAAAUA